CAACCCUGUUACUUUAAACCAUAUGUUUACGAAUCAAAUUUAUUUGUCAAGAAUUGAUGACCAGGUAGAAAAAUACAAGAGGACAAAAAUACUAACAAAAGCAGAAAUACCCUAGUCUUCCGAUGAAAUUGUGAAAUAUUUGUAUUGUCAUUCAACUAGCAGCAGCCUAAGAGAAAUAUCAAUUUUAUCUACAAAUACCAAAUAUUUGCGACGUCAUCAUGUCCCAUAUAGACAAUAUAAUCAUACAGGUUAGAGCCCGACUGCAGCUGUUGGGCAUUAAAUUGUGGGAAGAACCAUAUUAUUUUUCUGAAAUCGGCAGCGUAGAAUCCGAAAUUGAUCGACUAGCACAAGAUUUUAGCACAAAUUUGAGUAUCAGCACGUCGAACUGUAAACUUGCACUCACAGAGCUCCAGGAUGGAGCGUUGCGAAAAUUGGCUGCACGUAAAGAAUUCAAUGACACCGGACUCGCUACGUUCAGCGUGCGGCGCAUUAACAACGAAGAAGGCACGCAAAACAUGCUCGAAGUUAAAUGCGAAUUGAGGGCGUUGGGAAAGGAAUUGCAGAAUCGUAUAGCGGAAAAACUAAAGUUGAAUGAUCCGAAUCGUGUCAAGUGUAUAUCUUCCGGAAAAAUUAUUGAUCCUGAUAAAACGCUCGAUGUGCAGGGGGUUAAAAAUAAUCAACAGCUUAUGGUUAUUGUAAGUGAGUUGGAUCGUGAUGAAACAAAUUCUAAAGAGGCCAUGUAUGAUCGCAUACGGAAAAUUAAAAUGGAUGUCGAAUCAAUAGUAGACUCAGAGCGCCAAUUGUUUGAGAUGGAGGAUCAAGACGGCAACCCUGUGUUCUUGCCGCCAAAUGAGAAUCGUGCACUCUUAAUGGCCAUGGGUUUCUGUGAGAAAGCGCGUGCCGCCAUGAAAAGACAACAUUACGACGAAGCUUUGAUUCUGCUACUGGAAGCGGACGAGAAGUUUACUACCUGCAAUUCGAGUUUUCUGGAGUCCGUAGACAACUAUGCUCUCAUAAAUUUGGACAUUGUUUGGUGUUAUUUAUGUCUGAAGAACGUAACGCAAUUGCCCGACGCGCAACGACGCUUAGACAUUUGCGAGCAAAGUUUUCGCCGCAGCUACGGUGAGAACAUGAAUCGUCUCAUUGCACUCAAAGGGAAUGCAUGUCCGGAGCGUGCACUUCUAAUGCGCCUACAUCUGCUGCAGGGUGUGGUGCUGUUCCAUCAGAAUAGACGUGAUGAGGCCUACGAGCGCUUAGAGGUAGCCGGACGUGAGUUGAGUGAACUGAAAGUGGAUGACAGUGCUGUGGAAGCUCUUGUUGAGAUGGGCUAUGAACCGUUCGAAGCACGCUUGGGUUUGCGUGCAUGCGCUGGGAAUUUGGAGCAGGCUAUCAAUUUCAUACACGAUCAUAGGGAGAAGAAACGUGACGCACGUGCUCGUUCGCGUAAAGAACGCAAAGUGAAUUCGAAGUUGUCACGUAAAAGCAGCGACAAAGACUGGGUGAAUCCGCGCAGUGUCUGCACACUCAUGGAAAUGGGAUUUUCACAUGAUCUUGUUGUUGCGGCGUUGAGAAAAUCGAAAAAUGAUCUGCAGCAAGCGCUGGAUUUCUUGCAAACCAAUAGCGACGAGCUCUUACAAAACUUGCCAAAAAAAGAAAGCGCUGAUCUCGAUUUAUUAGAGCAGCUAAAACAACUGGGCUUUAAUGAAGACAUGGUGCGCGUUGCACUUGAAACAAACAAGAACAAUGUAGACAAGGCACUCGAUUUUCUUGUUAAAAUUUUCGGCAACGAAGAGGAGCUACUCAAACAAAUGGAGCGUAUAUCUGAAGUGGCUAAAGUGGUCGUCGGUGACGAUACACCGACUACAUCAAGCGGCAUUACUUCGCUGGUGAGCUCGGCUUUGGGAAAAGUGAAAAAUGAAAUGGAAUCACUCAAAGCAUAUGAACGUUUCAAUGAGGAUCUUACCACAAAUGAGCAGGACUACCUUGAUUUGCCACUACUGCAGGAGGAGCAAAUCUUAGCUGAAUAUAAACGCUUUUUAGAACAAUGAUUAAGAAUUUUGCCAUUACCGCCCAAUUUAUUGUACAAGUUGACAUUGAUUUAUAUGCGUGCGGUUUGUAUAUUUUACUGUAAGGACAAUUCAAUAAAUAUUGCACAAAUAUCCGUAAUAUUGAAUAAAACUGUAAUAGGCGAAUUAGUAAUUAGUAAUAUUCAAUCUUCAUUGCAGUAAAAUAAAUAAUACAUAUUUCGAUUAUGUAUGACGCUAAGAGUAAA